AUGUCAACCGCUCGCUACAAGGACCCAAUCCCCAAGGGUGUCUACGUCUUCACCACCCUUGAUCAAGCUGCCAAAGUCCAAAGGGAGAAUCAGUACGCCAUUUUCUAUCCUGAGAAUAACGGCUACUAUGCAAAGAACCCGGAUGGCACCGUCGUCGGCGUGGCAUCGGACGAAAUGUGUGAGGAGAUCGACCGCAGAAACGCCGAGUUGGAAGCGAAGAUUGCAGCGGGCGAGAAGCUGACAGAUGAGUAUGCAGCUUAG